GGUCAAUAGAAGUCUCGAAUAGAAGUCUCGUUGCUGGAGUCUUCCCGUCUCUCAAAAACUGAAUCUUAUGCUCUAUCCAGUCCACUAAUCGAACGAAUCGCAGUUAAGAUGAAAGGAUGGGAAACGAUUACAGGUUCGAUAUCGAGGUUUGGCGCCGGAGGAAGGGGCGGUAGAAGCGGUGUUGGUAGUGAUGGAACUUCAGUCAAUCAGUCUUUUCCUCGAACCGCCACUCUCGGUCGUGUUCAACCUCAGGCGCCUGGCCACCGCACUAUAUACUGCAAUGAUCAGGAAGCCAACGCUAUCGUCAGAUUUAAGGGGAAUGCUAUAUCAACUACGAAGUACAAUGUCCUUACAUUUUUACCCAAGGGGUUAUUUGAACAGUUCAGGCGGGUGGCUAACCUAUACUUUCUUACAAUCUCAGUUUUAUCCUUCACACCAGUCAGUCCUGUCUCUCCGAUUACCAAUAUUGUGCCACUCAGUAUGGUACUUUUCGCAUCCCUUCUUAAAGAGGCUUGGGAAGAUUGGAAACGAUUCCAGAAUGAUAAGUCAAUAAAUAAUACUUUUGUAGAGGUGUUAGUUGGCCAAAAGUGGCAGAACACGGCCUGGAAGGAUCUACAGGUUGGAGACAUUGUUAGGACAAAGCAGGAUGAGUACUUUCCUGCUGACCUACUUUUCCUUGCCAGUACAAAUGCUGAUGGUGUUUGCUACAUAGAGACUGCAAACUUGGAUGGUGAAACAAAUUUAAAAAUUAGAAAAGCUUUAGAAAAGACAUGGGAUUUUGUGACUCCUGAGAAAGCUUCUGAAUUCAAAGGUGAAAUACAGUGUGAACAACCAAACAAUUCAUUGUACACUUUUACUGGAAAUCUGAUACUUCAGAAGCAAACAUUACCGCUAUCACCAAACCAGAUUCUCCUACGAGGAUGCAGCCUCAGGAAUACCGGGUACAUUGUUGGUGCUGUUGUUUUCACAGGGCAUGAAACCAAGGUUAUGAUGAAUUCCAUGAAUGCUCCUUCCAAAAGGAGUACACUGGAAAGGAAACUUGACAAACUCAUACUCACUCUUUUCUGUGUUCUGUUUACCAUGUGUCUCAUUGGAGCCAUAGGAAGUGGCGUUUUCCUUAACAAGAAGUAUUACUUCCUUGGACUUUCGGAGUCUGUUAUAGAGCCAGAAUUCGAUCCUAACAACAAAUUUGUGGUUGCUCUUCUCAAUAUUCUCACGCUUAUCACUCUAUAUUCACCCAUUAUACCAAUUUCUCUCUAUGUCUCAGUUGAGGGGAUCAAAUUUGUUCAGUCCACUAAAUACAUUAAUAAUGAUUUGCAUAUGUAUCACGCUGAGUCAAACACUCUUGCUUCGGCACGGACAUCCAACUUGAAUGAGGAACUUGGGCAGGUGGAAUAUAUCUUUUCUGAUAAAACUGGAACCUUAACAAGGAACCUGAUGGAGUUCUUUAAGUGUUCCAUUGCUGGAGAGAUAUAUGGAACUGGCAUCACUGAAAUUGAGAUGGGUGGGGCUGCGAGGACUGGUGUUAAUGUUCGGGAGGGCAAAUCAACAACUGCAAUACGUGAGAAGGGUUUCAACUUUGACGAUGUUAGACUUAUGCGGGGUGCUUGGAGGAGUGAACCUAAUCCUGACAUGUGUAAGGAAUUCUUCAGAUGCCUUGCCAUUUGUCACACUGUGCUGCCUGAAGGAGAGGAGUUGCCUGAAAAAAUUCGAUAUCAAGCAGCAUCGCCAGAUGAGUCUGCUUUGGUUGUUGCGGCAAAGAACUUCGGUUUCUUCUUUUACAGGCGGACUCCUACUCUCGUCUAUGUCCGUGAAUCACAUGUUGAGAGGAUGGGAAAAGUUGACGAUGUUCCCUAUGAAAUCCUAAAUGUCCUCGAGUUCAACAGUACUAGGAAGAGGCAAUCGGUUGUAUGUCGUUAUCCAGAUGGCAGGCUUGUGCUGUAUUGCAAGGGUGCCGAUUCAGUAAUAUAUGAAAGAUUGGUUAGUGGAAACAAUGAAAUUAAGAAAACAUCAAGAGAGCACUUGGAGCAAUUUGGAUCUGCUGGAUUACGUACUCUGUGCCUGGCAUAUCGAGAUUUGAGUCCCAAUGCAUAUGAAAACUGGAAUGAAAAAUAUAUUCAGGCCAAAUCGUCUCUCAGGGACCGUGAGAAGAAAUUGGAUGAGGUCGCAGAACUCAUAGAGAAAGAUCUCAUCUUAAUCGGAUGCACAGCUAUAGAAGACAAGCUUCAAGAAGGAGUUCCAUUAUGUAUAGAAACUCUUUCUAAGGCAGGAAUCAAGAUUUGGGUUCUGACUGGAGACAAAUUGGAAACAGCAAUAAACAUAGCUUACGCUUGUAAACUGAUUAACAAUGGGAUGAAACAGUUCAUCAUUAACUCAGAAACUGAUGAUAUACUAGAAGUUGAAAGCACAGGUGAUCAAGUGCAUAUUGCAAAAUACAUGAAAGACGCAGUAAAACAGCAGCUAACAAAGUCCCACGAUGAAGCAAUAAACUAUCUUCACACAACUCCAAAUGGGAAAUUAGCGCUUGUGAUUGAUGGGAAGUGCCUAAUGUAUGCUUUGGACCCAAGUUUACGUGUAAUGCUACUGAACUUGAGCUUGAAUUGCGCUUCAGUUGUGUGCUGCAGAGUGUCCCCUUUACAGAAAGCACAGGUAACAAGCUUAGUCAAGAAAAGUGCACGAAAAAUUACCCUUGCAAUAGGUGACGGUGCCAAUGAUGUCAGCAUGAUUCAAGCUGCUCAUGUCGGAGUUGGAAUUAGUGGUCAAGAAGGAAUGCAAGCAGUAAUGGCAAGUGAUUUUUCAAUUGCUCAAUUCCGUUUUCUUACAGAUCUAUUGCUUGUCCAUGGAAGAUGGUCAUAUAUUAGACUAUGCAAGGUGGUAACAUAUUUCUUCUACAAGAACCUCACACUUACACUCAUUCAGUUUUGGUUUACCUUCGACACUGGGUAUUCUGGUCAAAGAUUCUAUGAUGAUUGGUUUCAGUCUUUGUACAACGUUUUUUUCACUUCAGUACCAGUUCUUAUCCUCGGACUUUUCGACAAGGAUGUGAGUGCAUCUCUUUCAAAGAGAUAUCCUGAACUAUACAAGGAAGGAAUAAAAAACACAUUCUUCAGAUGGAGAGUGGUGGGGAUCUUGGCCUUGUUUUCUAUUUACCACUCCCUAGUGAUCUACAUAUUUGUGUCGGUUUCGAGUUCUCGAGCUGUUGAUUCGGCGGGCAAGAUGUUUGGCCUAUGGGAUGUUAGCACUUUGGCAUUCAAUUGUCUGCUUGUUACUGUCAACUUGCGUCUACUUAUGAUGUGCAACACGAUUACAAAGUGGCAUCACAUUAGUGUUGGAGGAAGCAUUCUCACAUGGUACAUAUUUAUCUUUGUGUACUCUGGUGUAGUCGACAAUAAGGGUAUCUAUUAUGUUAUUUUUGAUCUGAUGCGAACCGGUCACUUCUAUAUCACCCUCCUCCUUGUUCCGAUUGCUGCUCUGCUCAGUGACUUCAUUUAUCUAUCGGUUCAAAGGUGGUUCUUCCCAUUCGAGCACCAAAUCAUUCAGGAAAAGCAUUUAAACGAGCCAGAAAGCACUGCGGCCAGUUUGUUGGAUACGGGCACUCAUCUUUCACCAGACGAGGCAAGGAGCUUUGCCAUUGCACAGCUUCCCCGAGAAGGAUCUAAACAUACUGGCUUUGCAUUCGACUCUCCCGGUUAUGAAUCAUUCUUCGCCAGAGAAGCUGGUGUUCGGGCAGCUCUAAAACCGUGGGAUGUUGCCCGAAGAGCCAGCAUGAAAGCAAAAAGAAAGAAUUGAGAAAAAAUAAAAUAAAAAUGAAAGACUAUAUAUACCUUUGCCAUAUAUUAAUUAGUGCUUUUUUUUUUUUUUAUGGUUUUCUUCACAGGAAUAUCCCUUUGCAAAUUUCAUUUUAGGGAAUGGAAUUAAAUUUAAUAGAGUAAUACAUUUACUUAUUAUAUAUAUAUAUAGUAAGUAUUGUUUUAAGCUUAGCACUUGUAAUUCUUGUAAAUCAUUUUUUUAGUUCAGUUGACCUUACUUU